AGGGGAGGGACAGCCGAGUAACUUUGAUACGCGAACGUGCAGUGACAAACUUCUCAGACGCUUCCAAGACAACAACAGAAUUUUUUAACUUUUCUUUUGAUUGCUUAAUUCACCUUAAUAGACAGCAUAAUCUCUUUUCUUUAAACUGGAAUUGGAAGAGAAUGUCAAAUGAGACAAUGAUUUCGCGCAUUAGAGAAUCGUUCUGACUGCCACCCUGGGGCUCGAAAUGAACUGCAAGGCUGCAGCUAAGAAAAAAGGGUUCGAUGGUCACGAAAAGCCAAGUGAAGCGUUCUGAAUGACUCCUUUCCUGUACGGACAGCGACUACGGUUAAGACGGGCUACAGCUUAAGGUUCUUCGGGCUUCUGCCGACCCAGCAAAUACGGACCGGUGGCUUUCGGUAACUGCGGCGACACUGCAGGUCUUCAAAAGAGAUCUUAUGAAGAACCAACUUUGGAGAAGCUUUUUGAAUGGUGAAGAAAAAAAAAAUUGAAAUAAAGGUCUAGAAGACAUCUCAUGUGCCAGCAAGGUCCCUUGAAAGUCCUUGUUAUUAGCAGAGGAUUAAAAAAGCUGUAGAAAUUUAAAUGUGGGCAUUGUUGUAUUGUAACCAAGCUUGAAGGUUCCAGACAAUCAUCUACAACAUGUUUGUUAGCCUGUCAGGAGCACUCUUAAUAAUAAUGUCUAAAUGCAACAACUGAAGACGUUAAGUGUUUAUUCUGAAAAAGAAAAAAAGAUGGGGCAACUUCAGUUUCGCACAGCCAGGCCAAGAAGUUGCUUCUUUGAGACUGUUAAGUAAUCCAAGGAUCAUCUCAAAUGCAACCUUCUGGGUUGCCUGUAUCUAACAGAGUCAGUCUAGUCAAGCUUUUUUACCAGAUGUCUUAUAUAACCUGAUCCCUAUAGAGUGGGUGCCAACUCUGUUGUGCCGUUCUUACUUGUGGUUACAUGAAGUUGUGCAGCUUAGUGCCUUUUCCUCUGUGACAAUCAUUUACUCUUUCUUCUACCCACAAACUUAACCUGCUGUUGUAAAGUUACAUUGAACAGGACAUCCUUUUCAUUAACUUAGAAUAUUCAGUGUUGUGCCUUAUCUUCAAAAUAUACAUUUUUUUUUAUCUGUUGCCUUCUAAAAACAAAUAAUAUCAUAAGAGCAGAGAACUGUGCUGCAAAGUGUAAAAAGUAACAUACCCAGUUCCAAAUCUGGAUCAUAAAUAGUGGCCAAAUGUUUCCAGUUGUUCACAUUCUAGAGGUCAUGUAAAUGCUUUGACACUCAUACUACACCAACAUUAUGGAAGGGUUGGCUAGAUCAGCUGCUUGGCUUUGUGCUGAGCUGGAUUCUUCUGCAGAUCCCAGACUCCUGAUCCUCGAUUGUCGACCACGGAACUCCUAUGAGGCAUGCAGGGUGCAGAGGGCUAUCAGUGUGGCAAUCCCUACCCUGCUACUGCGGCGUUUGCAUCGGGGUCAGCUCUCAGUGCCUGCACUGAUCUGCAGCACCAAGGACAGAGAAUGUUUCACUCAGCGCUGCACUUCUCACACCAUCUUAUUGUAUGAUGAUGGUGGCCAAUCCUGGGUGGGAGAAGAAGAGGAUCUGAGCAGACUCCCCAGCUCACCAGAGGAACACGUGCUACCCAUCCUGUUAAAGACUCUCAAGCAAGAUGGGUGCAAUGCUUACUACUUGAAAGAAGGCUUCAGUACAUUCCAAACUCUGUAUCCUCACCACUGCGAGAGCAACUCAUCCAGUUCUUGCUACAGUCAGUCCAGGCCUCCUGCACCAGUUCUGGGCAUGGGAGGACUCCGCUUGGGAUCUGUUGGCUCAGAGGCAGAUUCGGAUCCUGAUCGAGACAGUCUGAGCAGCAUGGGAAUCGAGUCAGAUGAUCGGAGCCCCAGUGCUCAACCUGCUUUUCCUGUGCAGAUCCUGCCCAACUUAUACCUGGGAUGUGCCAAGCACUCAUCCAAUCGGCCCAUGCUGGCCAAUCUUGGGAUUCGUUAUAUACUUAAUGUUACACCAAAUGUGCCCAAUAUUUUUGAGAAGAAUGGCGAUUUUCGCUACAAACAGAUUCCAAUCUCAGAUCACUGGAGCCAGAAUCUUUCACAAUUCUUUCCUGAUGCAAUUGAAUUCAUUGAUGAGGCACUGUCUCAGAACUGCGGUGUGCUGGUGCACUGUCUGGCUGGAGUGAGCCGAUCAGUCACUGUGACAGUGGCCUACCUCAUGCAGCGGCUAAACCUGUCUCUAAACGAUGCCUAUGACUUUGUUAAACGCCGCAAAUCCAACAUCUCCCCUAAUUUUAACUUUAUGGGCCAGUUGUUAGACUUUGAGAAGACCUUACGCAGCCCUUGUGAUCGGGAAACUGAAGAUCUCAACCAGCAGGAGAAUGAGCCUGAAGCGUUCCUUCCAGGUACUGCAGAUCCUGAGCUGGGUUCACCCUCCACCCAGUAAAGGUGAAUGAUCUUCCAUCUAAGGAUAUAGCUAACCACUCAGAUUCAGUGGUGACUUGCACAGCUAUUACUAAAGAAUGAACAUCAUUUGGAAUCAUAAUGAAAUAUACAUUUAAUGUGUUUUUGUUCCCAGCACUGGAGCUCCAUUUGGUUCUAAAAGCACAAUCAGUUUCUUGUGUAGUGUUCUUACUGCAAACACUGAACGUUUCAUCAUUUACUUCUAGACUGCUUAAUGAUUACACAAUAGAGUCAUUUUGAUUUUUUCAUCCACUUGGUUAAAGUGGAGAAUAAUAACGAAGAUGAAAAUUAUGCUAACAUCAGGAGUGAAUUUGCCAAGAACUGAGUGUAUUAUAUAUGGGAAAUAGUGGGUGUCUGCCUUUAGAAAAUUCCAUGGCAACAUUAUUUCUCUAAAAUUUCAAAGGGCAGCCUUAAAAAUGUGACUUUUUGUGGUUGAGGCCAGUCCCAAAAGUAAGAAGCAUUUUACCUGCUUGCACCAACUUCAGAAAGUGUAUAUGGCUUGGGUGUCUGAUGAAACUCCCUGAUUUCCCACCAUUAUGUGAAGAAGGAAGUCGAUUGUGAAGGCAAACCUGGAUGUGUUGAAAAAGUGGCUGCAGUAAGAAUUCUUGAAGAUCACAGGUCUUCAUUCUCUCACUGUAAAAUAUCCCCUCCUAUUAAUAUCAAUAAAGGGGUUCCUACUCAAUCUCAAAUUGUACAAACAAACAUCUUGAAAAAAAUCCUGGAAUACUACUGAUGUCCAAUACUUUGUUUUAUAUGCCUAAAAGACACAAUAUAGUUAAAAGCAUGAGAAACCAGUUUACCUUUGUUGGUUCACAUGAUAUUUAUUAAUUUGGUCACGUGCCAAUUUGCUUUCUCUUGCCUUUAAGUCUUUAGGUGCCAUGCUAUAGUUACAGCUAGACAACAAGCCAAAGGAACAGAACAAUAAAGCAGAAAACAUGAUGAAUCAAUUAUCAAUUAAAAUUACAUUUUGCAAAACAUAUUUAUUAAAAAAGAAUGAUUCAUGGUUAUAUUAUAUUGAUGUGCAAUAUUUUGUGUUUAGAUUAAUCUUUCAAUUAAACAAUUCUUGCCUGUUUUUAAGAUUCCCCUAGCAAAAACAAACCCUGGAAAAAAAUGUAACUUUUUAGCAGCACAAUAAUCUUUACCCUUACCAUCACAACUGAAGUCAACUUCACCUUACAAGAAACAUUCCAUAUUCCUGCUCAUUAUAUCAUCAUUGUGUCAUCAUGUCAUUGUGUGUUCAUUAAGCAUCAUCUGUUGCCUAAAUAUUUGAUUUUAUUUUUAAACAGAUGACCAACAAAGUACAACAUGUUUUUCUUUAAAAAGAAAUGUGGCUUAAGGGAAGCAACGCCUUGUCAGAAUAAGGAAGGAUGGUUCUUCAUGCAGUUUUGAGUGGUGGAGCAUUAAUAUUAAAAUGUUCAAUCUCCUUGUUUGCCGCCAAGCUCAGGACUUGUGUCCAUUAUUAUGAGGCGCAAAGGUUUUUUAUAGUACUUUUCACAGUUCCACUGUAUUUGAUAAGAAAAAUUCUUAGUUUAGUCACGCUGCUCUCACUUAAAACACUCUACAAAUGCAAUUUGUAUUGGUAUUAAAUUUAAUUGUAUUAUUUUUCUAGCCAGCAGUUUAUUUUUACAUUGCAGGUGUAUAAGACACAGUGUUUAAUUUUCAUCUUCAUAGACACUCAUGACAACAAAAUUACCAAGUCCAAGUCUUGACUGUUAUUUACUCCAUGCAGAAGGUCAUGUAUUCUGUAAAAAUGUUUAGCCUUAUUACUACAUACUAUUGAACCGUUACAUUUUAAAAUUAUUUUUCUUUUGAAAAUAAUAGAAAACACGACAUAUUCUUUGCAAAGUACAAUCAAAAAUAAGUCAAACUUUAAGGCUGCAUGCGACUUUAAAUGUAUAAAACAACAUAGCAUAGCAAGGACAACACACAUUCCAAAACUACUGGUUACAUAAUUUCCUUAAGUUGCAGUUCAGGCAGAUUAAGUGACUUGCUUAGGAUCACACAGUGGAUCUGUUUUUAAAGGCCUAGUGUGAAUAUAUUGAAAAUGUUGUGAUGGCAUCAGAAAUUUAACAGUGAACUACAAAAUAGCCUUCUGGGCUGCUAGACUUGUCUAAGCUCAAAAGACUAAGUGACUGUUUUUGUAGUCUGCAAAAGGAAAGAAGUUCAAGAGGUUGCACAUUUGCAUCCUGCACCAAAGGACAGGACUUGGAUGUGCUAGUAGAAACCUACAGUAUCAGGAGCAGAUUUACACAGAUGGUGAUUUGCACAAGUGAGAGUGUAACUCUUGUUCAUUCCGGUCUCUUGUAGAUUCAAUAGCUUUACUCUCCUUUGAGAUAACAGCAACAGAAGCCUCUAAGAUCAAAGGGAUGCCCAAUAGCUUUCUGGUCUCAUUUAUGAGCAUCACAGAGAAAACAACAAUGUGUAAUGUUUUGGGAUUUAUACCAUAGAUGACUAUGAAUCAUUAAAAUCUUCUGCACAAACCCAUCCCUUUAUGUGGAUGUAGUUAUCAGUGCAGAAGGGCCACACUGAUACUGACUGUGAAAUCAGACUUCACUACAGUAUGACUGCGCCCAGGGUCCUUCUUGUGACGAGUCAUCUUUGACCAAAACGAUUGGAUAUCUUACAUGAACAACCAACAAAAAUAAACAGAUGCCAGUGUAACAAAAUGCAUAAACCCCAUGAUAAUCACAUUAGUGUAUUUUAUAAUCACAUGUGUAGCGAGAUCAAAUAAAAUAAUCACAAAAAAUACUACAAAAAUGCAAACAGAACCUCACUGGAUCCAAAUAUCACCAUCCAUGUCAAUCUGAUAAAGUGUUCAAGUUAUUACCCCACUGUUAAAACCUACAAAUUUCUCAGCUGCAGUGUGUAUGUUUUACACACGGCCGACCCACACGCAGGGUCCCCUCUUAACAGAGCAUGCCCCUAAAAGCCAUAAGACUCAGUGGUUAGAAUAAGGCCAAUGCUCAGUAAACAUGCAGUGUUCAAAAGCAGGCCAUGGUGUUUAAAUGAUUUCCUCUUUUUUUAGCAGCUAUAUAGCAUUUAUCCCUUUGGGGUUUCCAAUACACGGCACAUCCUGAAGAGCUUCCUUUUUCAGCUUGUUUUGAUUGGCUUAGUGCACAUUACUUACUUCCAGAUUUUGCUUAUGUCCCUCAUUUGAUAAUUUUCUUUAAUUAUAAUACAAGGUAAAGCCUUCAAAUGCAUGCCAUGAAUAUGGACACCACCACAAAUGUUUCAUUAUAUUUUGAAAUACUUAUAUUAUUAAUUAUUAUUAAUUAUUUUUAAUGAUAGAUUCUCAGUGGUACAUAUUUACACAUAUUUAAGAAAAAAGCAUUUUUUUCUUAAUAAGAGCAGCAUCGGACAUCAUUAAACCCCUGCUGUGUAAUGCUGGGGUCUUUUUCAAUAUUAAUUGUUUUGGCCUUCAAAUGAGAUUAUAGUCUCUCCAUAAAGCCUGAACAAUAAAACUGUUUGCCAGAACAGCAAAACCUGCUUUCAGGGUUACUUCAAAAGAAUUCAGAAUAGCUGGGAGACUAGCAAGAGACCUGGUCUAAAGAGGUCAAUGUUUGAACAAUGAGUAACAUGAGCAGACGGACAAAGCUGGAAAUCCAAAUUGUUGAAGAGAGUGAGAGAUCUAGAUGUGAACGAUAAAAACAAAAUAUGAAGAAUGGAUGAAAUACAAGACAGAGAAAAACACAGAAAAAAAAAGAAACUGGAACACAAGCAACAGUCUUUUAAAUAUGAGUCUCAAAUGAUUAAGAAAUUCAGCAUAACCAGAAAAAUAACUGACAAGCCACAAAUGACUAUGUCAUCACCAAUUAUUAGGAGAUGCUGCCAAAGAAAAGGGAUGUUACCAUGGACAGGACCUGAAAAUAAAUACAUUUAUAGUGAUAGGCCUCCCGUCACAUGUGUCAGGAUUAUAGUGUACAUGUUGAGUAUGUAUAAAAUGACAUUGUUUUUUGAAAAUAGCUAAAAAAAUGUGUGAUGCAUGGAUAAAAAUAUGUGCACAUCACAAAUACACAUACUGUAACUUGUUUGUGGAUUGAUAGAAUUAUGACUGCCUUUUCAAAACUCUGUCAGAUCCAGUCCAUCAUUCACCUGUUAAAUCGGUGAUCACCAACUACAAAGCCAUCACAUUUGGGUUACAAUGACACACUCAGAGGCAGCUUAACAACUCUUUGCAAGCUAAAUGUCACAGGUUUGUGGCUGGCAACAGCCGAUUCCACAGGUCAUUGUCGGACUGAAACACUAGUCCACUGCAUAACUGCCAUGCAAUCUAACUAUAAAUGUACAAAGUUGCAUUUGGGGUGCUGUUUCUCCUAAAAGCAUUCAGUACUGUGUUUAUCAUUUUAAUGACAAUCCACUUGACUUUUACUUGUGUUAGUUUUAUCAGCUAAUGUUUUAAUAAGUACAUUCUGCUGUUUUGGCCACAGUGUUUUUUCCUACAGAGAAUAUUUUAUUUCUAGCAGGACUCUUGAAAAGACUAAGUACACCUCUACCACUCUAGAUGGUAGUGAGACACAAAGACAAGAGUCUUUUUAUCAAAAAAUGUUUUUAUCAACUGUAUAUUUUCUGCUACUCUCAUGUUGCUCACACACAAUCACUAGUCUGUUAGCUCAGAGGGGGUGACGAAGCUGGUGCAAAUCUAGGGAGGAAGUCCAACCAAACACAUUUCUUCUUGGUCUCAUUCAUUCAUAAGGGUGGACAAAUUAUGAACCCUGGAUGUCUAAGCAUUCCAAAAAUAUUAUGUCUAAACAGAGAGGUGACAAACUUGCUUCCUGGUUAAGUGUCAAGUUGUUUAUGUCCCAGGCUUAAAUGUCUUGCUUUGUAAACAAAGCUGCAGCCUGAGAGCAUCAGUCUCUACAUAAUACUGAUUACAGAAAAAGAUUAUAAUAAAGGUUACAAAGAACUCAAUGUGACAGUUGACUGUUAUGAAUUAUUAAGAUGUGUAUUUAAAUGAAUGUAUUUACUUGUAUCAUGAUAUUAAAUGAAAAAAUGCAAAAGCCUUUUAAUCUUAUUCAAAUAAUUUUUGCAAUUUGUUGCUGGGCACAAGUUGUUAAUAUUUUAUAUUUUCUACAUUGUUUUUGAUACCUACGAGUAUGUAACGUUGUUUCCUUUUUUGAUUGUUCCUGUUUUUUU